AUGGCAUCCCCUCUCCGUCUCCGGUCUCCUAAAGGCGUAUCAACAAUCAGCGCCAACCUCGCCGAUCCUGCAACAGUAGGCGAUCUGCUUUCCAUAAUAGCACACGAGUCCGGCAUCCCCGUAGGACAGCAGCAACUCAAGGUUGGCUACCCACCCCGGACUCUGACGCUUAUCCCCGACCUGCCUAUCUCCAGUCUCGGUCUGCAAAGGGGCGACCAGCUAAUAGUCAACAUCAGUGCCAACACCCCUGCCCCCCGCACGGUCCCAGCCCCUGUCGCGCCCGCACAACCCGAUAUCACAGUACACGUCCCUAGUCAUCAUCCCGUACCCCCUCCCACGCAAGCCUUUUGGGACGAGUACGCGCCUGAGCCCCAGACGGAUGACAAAGAGUCCGUGCCGUGUGAAGAGCAGUUAUUAGUUGUCCGGAACGCACCAGACGACAACUCGUGUUUGUUCCAUUCCCUCUCUUACGUGCUUCCUGCCCUCCCCUCAACACCUAACGAGCGCCCUACGCCCACCUUCCUCCGCUCCCUCGCAGCGCGGACCAUCCUCGCCGAUCUAGUAACAUAUGACGACGCCACCCUCGGCCAGUCGCCUGCCUCCUAUGCAGAGGCGAUCCAGCGUCCGUCUACAUGGGGUGGAGCCAUCGAGCUGGCACUGUUCAGCGCCGCGUUUGGAGUAGAGAUCUGGAGCUGGGACGUGGAGAGCGGGCAGCUGUACCGCUUCGGACAGGGAUCGGGAUGGGACAACAGGGUACUGCUGGUGUACUCUGGCAUCCACUACGACGCCAUGUCACUCUCUCCUACCCGUGGAGCACCAGAAGACUUCCACACAACGACGUUUCCCGUUCCGUUCCCUGGCAGGCGGGACCCCAUAGCAGACUCGGCUGUCACGCUCGUCGGUAAGCUGAGGGCUAAGAAGAAGUUUACGAAUACAGCGACGUUUGACUUGAAGUGCGAGGCGGGUUUGAAGGGGGAGAAAGAGGCGAGGGAACAUGCGAGUAGUACGGGGCAUACGGAGUUUGGGGAGUACUGA